AUGGCUAUCGAGCAUUCCAGUGCGUAUCCUGCUACAACAGAGCGCCGCGUGCAUACGGGGAAUCUCGCCGUGUCCGACAAACAAGACUUCGGCUAUUUUGGCUAUUUGGACAGUCACAGCAAUGUCGAUAUCUGUUCGAUGGACUCAUCGAGGAUAGUUGGAAGUCUCAGGCAGGUUCCUCGUGUGCAGAGAUUUGAUGUAAGCAGAAAUGGACAGGAGCACGCAUUGUCGACUGGACCUUGCACAUGGAUCAGAUGCGCUGCUUUCACCAACGAUCCCAUUGCCGUCGCGGUCAUUCUGAGAAAAAAAGCUUGCAAUUCGGCCAAUACUGCCUGCAACCUGCGUCGUGAUAACGCAUUCACAGCUGAAAAUCCCGCGAAUCACGCAAUCUGUACGACGCUGCAAUUUGACGGAACUCCAAUUUGA